AUGUUCGGGACAUGUGUUGGGGUUGGGGCUACUCCACUGACGGACAAGAAAUUCGUUCCUUUUUUGCACAAUGGCGAUCUGUACUUUAUUGGACAAGAUAAGGAAGAGGAAAGCGAUUUUAAAGGAACGGCAAAACCUGCACCUUCGGUGACCAGUCUGAACCGUGAACUGUCGACCGUGUCAUAUUCAUACGCCCAACUGAACGCAAUUCUUGGACCGUAUACAAUGCGUCGUCUGAUUGCACAAACCAAGAUGGAGUCCGACCUGAACAGAGGUGCGGGCAACGCAAGUAGAAACACUCAGGAGUGGCGGAAUCAAUUGAGAACUGCCUUAGAAACGCUAUGGACUGUACAAAUCGAUAGUGAGAUGCACGGUUGCCAGGCCUUCAUAGCACGAGCCAAAUGA